AUGAAGAUGAAUGAAACAACCAAGUCUCCUUACACAGUAUUUGCACAUGAUGUUUCGACUAAGGCCACCAUACACACGGGCACAAAAGAAGAGAAAAGUAAACUUGAGGCACUUGAAGACAGGAUGAAAGCCAUAGAAGGGAUUAAAAGUUACGGGUUUGGUGACGUGGCAAGGUUGAGUCUGGCCCCAGGAGUGACGAUUUCGCACAAGUUCAAGGUGCCGGAAUUCGAAAAGUACAAGGGUAACACAUGCCCUAAGAAUCAUUUAACCAUGUAUUGUCGAAAAAUGGCUGCCUAUGCUCAUGACGAUAAAUUACUUAUUCAUCUCUUCCAAGAUAGUUUGGCUGAUGCGGCGUUGAGUUGGUAUACAAAUUUGAAUUCUUCACAUAUCCGUUCUUGGGCAGAUUUGGCAGACGCCUUUGUAAGGCAGUACAAAUACAACAUGCAUGUCGCACCAGACAGGUUACAAUUACACCACAUGGCGAAGAAAGAAGAAGAGUCUUUUAAGGAAUAUGCACAACGAUGGAGAGAGUUGGCAACACAGGUUGAGCCACCUCUAUAUGACAAAGAAAUGGUUGCAAUGUUUGUAAGCACGCUACAACCACCCUUUUAUGAGCAUAUGAUCGGAAAUGUGACUUCCAACUUUGUCGAUAUCAUCAUUAUAGGCGAAAGGAUUGAGAUCGGGCUGAAGAAUGGGAAAAUUACAUCUCGAGCCACCACUCCAAAGAAAUUUUCUUUUAAUCUGGAAAAAGAGAAAGAAUGGGGAGUGCAUGCAACAUCAGCAAUACCCAUGUGGGGAGGUCAUGCGUCCACUCAUAGCUAUCAACCAAGCCUAAGUUACCCUCCUUACGUGAAUAAUACAAUGUCUGGUCCCCAAACAAGACCUCGACCGCCAGGAUUUUAUCAACCACAACAGGCCUCGAAUAAUGUCAACGGCAUUGGAGCCGGCUUGGGUCCCAAUCAAAGUGUGGGUCAAAGUGCUCAUCCUAGGAUAGACCCAGAGAAAAGUUUCACUCCCAUCCCUAUGACGUAUACAGAAUUGUUACCUCACCUCUUAAAGAAAGGUCUGGCCAGUGUUCGUCCCAUGAAACCCUUGCAGUCUCCAUACCCUAAGAGUUUUGAUCCAAAUGCAAGAUGUGAUUUUCACGGGGGAGGCAUGGGUCAUUCGACGAAAAGGUGCAUUACACUUAAGUUCAAAGUACAAUCAUUAAUUGAUGCAGGAUGGUUGAAGUUCCAAGAGGACAAACCAAGUGUUGAAGUCAAUCCCCUUUCCGAACAUGGAAGUACCUCUACAAACAAGAUAUGA